GAGGCGGCUCCGGGGAGGGAGAGAAACUGCAGCAGAGGCACGAAAUCGCUGCCUGGAGGAAGCGGCACCACAGGGGCGAGGGGAUCGGAGCCCAACUGUGGCUGGGACGGAGAAACACCCUCCUCCCCUCCCCACCCAGCUGCAGGGAAAGCACAGAUAUUACACACUGGGUUGGGUCCCCAGGGGUCUAGUGGUUAGAGCAGGGGGGGCUGGGAGCCAGGACUCCUGGGUUCUCUCCCUGGCUCCGGCAGGGGCUGGGAGCCAGGACUCCUGGGUUCUGCCCUCAACUCUGGGAAAGCAGUGGGGGCUUGUAAUUAGAUCCGUGAAGAUCUGUGUAUCAGGAUCGAGGACAGGGGCUCUCAACUGGGGGUCGUGAGGUUAUUACAGGGGGGUUGCGAGUUGUCAGCCUCCAGCCCAAACUCCGCUUCACAUUUAUAAUAGUGUUGAAUAUAAACAAGUGGAUUUAAUGUAUAAGGGAGGGGUCACACUCAGAGGCUUGCUGUGUGAAAAGGGGUCACCAGGACAACAGUUUGAGACCCACUGAUCUAGGAACAAGACACAGAGGUGAUCAUCCCCUGGGCUGAUCUCAUCCCCCCUUGGACGUGCCCCCCCUCCACACACAGAUGGUGCUGCAGGGGGUCCAUUGCUGAUGCCAGGCGAUCCCCAGGGAGAUACGGCUGUGCUCCGGCUCAGAGACGGGCCAUGGCUACCCAGGUGGCUCCCCCAGCCGCUCUCAGGCUCCAGUUCCAGCCCCCACUGGGAUGUGGCCUGGUUCCCAAAGAGGAAGUGGAGGAGCCGGAUGCCCACGGACCCGUCGACAUGGAGAUGCAUCGUCUGCGCUUCAGGGGGUUCCGCUACCAGGAGGCUGAGGGGCCCCGGCAGGCGUACGACCACCUCUGCCUCCUCUCCCGGGCGUGGCUGAGGCCGGAGCAGCGCUCCAAGGAGCAGAUGCUGGAGCUGCUGGUGCUGGAGCAGUUCCUGAGCAUCCUGCCCCAGGAGACCCAGAGCUGGGUGGGGGGGUGUCACCCCCAGACCGGGGAGCAGGCCGUGGCUCUGGCGGAGGGUUUCCAGUUAGCCAAGGAAGAGCCCGGAAUAUGGCCACAGCAGGAGGAGCUGGUGACAUGGAAGGAGGAGACUGUGUGUUUCUCUGGGGCAGAGCGGGCAGAGCUGGAUCCAGGACAGGGUGAGAUCUGCAGGGAGGUUAAGGAGGACACUCUCAUUUUGCUGGAAGGAUUCACCAUCCCUGACCCGGCUGCGAUCCCCCGGAUGGAGCCAGAGGAAGAGCCGAGGGUCCCAAAUCUCCAGGGCUCUGAGGAAAGGGAAAUCCCGAAAGGUGCCCACAGAGCAGGUGCCGGGACAGACGACGGGAAUCCCCAAUGGGAAGGACCUGUGGGAGCUGAGCCACCUGGGAUGUCCCGGAGCCCCGAGCAGGGAGAUGCCUGUGGGGCAGCAUGGCUGCAGGGAGAUCCCCCAGGGGAGGAGAGACCUGCUGGGUGUGGUGAGCCCCAGCCUCAGAGAACCCCCAUGGGACAGAAACCCUGUAAAUGCCCCGACUGCGGGAAGAGCUUCAGGUGGAACUCGGCGCUCCUCCACCACCAGCGAUCCCACACGGGGGAAAAACCUCAUCAGUGCAGGGAAUGUGGGCAAAGUUUUGGGCAGAAAUCCACCCUGACUAGGCACCUGAGGAUCCACACUGGAGAGAGACCUUAUACAUGUGCCCAGUGUGGGAAAAGCUUUAGUCAGAAGUACAGCCUGUCCCAGCAUCAGAUGACGCACCAGCAAGAGAGACCUCACACAUGUACCGCAUGUGGGCAAAGCUUCGCUCUCAAAUCGUACCUUGUUCGACACUUGGUGAAACGCCACAUGGGACAGAAACCCCAUAAAUGCCUCCAUUGUGGGAAGCAGUUUGCUUGGAACUCAGACCUGAGGAAGCACCAGACAACCCACACGGGGCAGCGCCCCUACAGAUGUCCCCAGUGCGGGGUAGGGUUCACCCAGAGGUUCAGCCUCCUAACACAUCAGAGGACCCACAUGAACGAGAGACCCUACGAAUGCCCCCACUGUGACAAGAGCUUCAACAGGAGAUCGGGGCUUGUCAAGCAUCAGAAGACCCACACGGGGGAAAAACCUCAUGAGUGCACUGAAUGCGGGCAAGGCUUCGGGCAGAAAUCAAACCUGACUAGACAUCUGAGGAUCCACGCUGGGGAGAGACCCUACAAAUGUACCAAAUGUGGGAAAAGCUUCACUCAGAAAUUGAACCUGGUUCAACACUUGAUGAAACGUCACAUGGGAGAGAAACGUGAUGCAGCAAAUGAGCCGGUGACGUGGGAGGAGGAGGCUGCGUGUUCCUCCAGGGCAGAGCGGGCAGCGCUGGCCCCAGAGCAGGGCAAGAUCUGCAGGGAGGUGAAGGAGGAGAAUAAAGAAGAGCCUCUGAUCUCACUGGGAUUCGCCGUCCCCGACCUGGCCAUGGUCUCUCAAGUGGAGCGAGGGGAAAAGCCGAGGGUCCCGGAUCUCCAGGGCUCUGAGGAAAGGGAGACCCCGAGAGGCGCCCACGCAGGUGCCAGGACAGAGGGGGAGACUUCGCAGCAGGAAGAGGCUGCAGGAGCAGAGCCGAACGGGAUGUCCCGGAGCCCUGAGUGGGAAGACCCCGGUGGAGCAGGAUGGCAGCAGGGAGACUCCAUGGUGGAGGAGAGACCUGCUGGGGGUGAUGAUCAUAAUCCUCAGAGAUCCCACACGGGACAGAAACCCCAUAAAUGCCCCGACUGCGGGAAGAGUUUCAGGGGGAACUCGGCGCUCCUCCAUCACCAGCAAUCCCACGCAGGGCAAAAACCUCAUCAGUGCAGGGAAUGUGGGCAAAGCUUUGUGCAGAAAUCAAACUUGACUAGACACCUGAAGGUCCACACUGGGGAGAGACCCUAUACAUGUUCCCAGUGUGGGAAAAGCUUUCGUGAGAAGUGCAACCUUUCCCAGCAUCACUUAAUGCACCAGCAAGAGAGACCUCACAAAUGUACUGAAUGCGGGCAAAGUUUUGUGCAGAAAUCAACCCUGACCAGACACCUGAAGGUCCACACUGGGGAGAGACCCUACAUAUGUCCCCAGUGUGGGAAAAGCUUUCGUCAGAAGUACAGCCUUUCCCAGCAUCAGUUAAGGCACUGGGAAGAGAGACCUCACAAAUGUACCACAUGCGGGCAAAGCUUCGCUCUCAAAUCGUACCUUGUUCAACACUUGAUGAAAUGCCACAUAGAAGAGAAAUCCUAUAAAUGCCCCGAUUGUGGGAAACUGUUUGCUCGGAGCUCAGACCUUAGGAAGCACCAAAUGACCCACAUGGGGGAACAUCCCACAGAUAUAUCCAGUGCAGGGAGACGAGGAGGAGACAUCCGCGAGAGGACAGACACCAGCCUGAAUCAGAGCGGGGCUGGUUGGCAGCAGAGAGGAACCCGCCCCCCCCCCAUCCCGGGGAGAGACGACCCCGUCCCCAUGGAAGAAAAAUCCCAUAAAUGUUCAGACUGCAGGAAAAGCUUUAAACAGAGCUCGACCCUAAGGAGGCACCAGCGAACCCACACGGGGGAGCGACCCUACAAAUGCCCCCAGUGUGGGAAGAGUUUUGCCGACAGUUCUAACCUCCUUCGCCAUCAGAGGAGCCACACAGGGGAGCGACCCUACAUAUGUGCCCAGUGCGGGAAGAGCUUCGGGCACCGUGCAACCCUAAUCAAGCACUGCAGGACCCACACGGGCGAGAGACCCUACAGAUGUGAUGAGUGCGGGAAGAGCUUCUCGGAAAGCUCCAAGCUCCUAGAGCACCAGAGGAUCCACACAGGCCUGAAACCGUACAAAUGCCUUAACUGCGGGAAAGUGUUCUGCCACAGCUCCUCGCUGACCAACCAUCAGCGGGUCCACACAGGUGAGAGACCCUAUAAAUGCCCUGAGUGCGAGAAGACUUUUGGACGCCGCUCCAUGCUCGUGCGACACAUGAGGAUCCACACAGGGGAGCGACCUUACAAAUGCCCCCACUGCGGGAAGGCCUUUGCCGUUCUCUCAGUCCUGAUCCAGCAUGAGCGAAUCCACACAGGGGAGAAACCCCACAAAUGCACCCACUGCGGGAAAUGUUUCAGCGAUCCCUCCGUCCUGACCCGGCAUGAGCGCAUCCACACAGGCGAGCGACCCUACAAGUGUGUUCAUUGCGGGAAGGGCUUCGGUCAAAGCUCCACCCAUGCCCAGCAUCUGAGAACCCACACCGGGGAGCGGCCCUAUAGAUGUGAUGAGUGUGGGAAGAGCUUCAGUGUAAGUUCCAGCCUUGUUGUCCACCAGAGGAUCCACACAGGAGAGAGACCCUAUAAAUGUCCCGACUGUGGGAAGAGCUUUAGUGGCUGGCCAAAUUUUAGCAGGCAUCUGAGGACCCACGCCCAGGAGUAAACCUGACAGGUGACCCAAUUCUGGGAGAAGCUACUGUGAGCUCUCUGGGCUCUUUAGAGAGAGAACCCAUGCAUUGGAGAGAUGCUAUAA